UUUUAUUUAAUUACUUAAAUUCCCCUAUUUAUACUCUCACCAUAUUAAGUCUUUGCUAUGCUAUGCUUGGACUCUUGCAUAGUACUACUCAAUUGAAAUCUUCAACAAAAAAAGAAAAGAAGAAAUUAGAAGCUAUUAUACUUUUGUGAUCAUGGGAAGACCACCAUGUUGUGAUAAAGAAGGUAUCAAGAAAGGUCCUUGGACUCCUGAAGAAGACAUCUUGUUAGUCUCUUACAUUCAAGAACAUGGCCCUGGAAAUUGGAAAGCUAUUCCUUCUAAAACUGGUUUGUUAAGGUGCAGUAAGAGUUGUAGGCUUAGAUGGACAAAUUACUUAAGGCCAGGAAUCAAAAGAGGUAAUUUCACAAACCAAGAGGAGAAUAUGAUCAUUCACCUUCAAGCUCUACUGGGAAACAGAUGGGCUGCAAUAGCUUCCUACCUUCCACAAAGAACAGACAAUGACAUAAAAAAUUAUUGGAACACCUAUCUGAAAAAAAGGCUCAGCAAGAAAUUGGAAGAAGAAAAAAAAGAUGGGUCUUGUUUGGCAAAUAAUAAUAAUGAUUUUUCAUCUCAGAAAGUUGUUAUGCCACGUGGACAGUGGGAAAGAAGGCUCCAAACAGAUAUCAACAUGGCAAAGAAAGCACUCACUCAUGCACUCUCACCACAAAACAAUAAUAAUAAUAAUAAUAAUAUUGAAUCCUUAUCUUGUUCUUCUUCUUCCAAUUCCAAUUCUAAUUCUUGUUCAUCCAAUAAUAAUAAUAAAGCAACACAAUCUUUAAGCUAUGCUUCAAAUGCUGAUAACAUAGCUCGGUUGCUCAAAGGGUGGAUGAAGAAGAAUAAUAAUAAUGACACUGCUUGUAGCAAGGAGGGCAUUUUAGGAACAAAAGUUUUUGGUAAUGAGGAGUGUUUGGAGUCUUCAAAUAAUACUACUUCAUCAUUAGAGUUUUCUCAAUCAAUUUAUUCCCAACAAGAAGAGAGCAAGACUGAAGAAAUUGGUCAAGUUUUGAUGCCUUUCCAUUUGCUUGAGAAAUGGCUUCUAGAUGAGACUAAUAUUGAGAAAUUUAUUUAACUAUCUUCAUCAUGCAUGCAUGUCACUGUUUUUUAAUCAAGAUUUUUUUUUUCUGUUGUUUUUUUUUCUUUUUUUUUUUGGGCCUACAUUGGAAGUGUGUAUAAAUAUUUCUAUAUUAAUCAAUGGUGAAUUCUAUGGUAUAGAAGAAAAAAAAUUUCUACACAUGUAGAUUUGUGUUGUCAUAAAAAAUAGUUGACAUGUGUCCUUGAAUAAAGAAGACAAAGUCUAUUGUUUUGCAGGUGAGAUGCAGCUUUAAAAAUGAAGUACAAAGACUUUCUCUCUCUUUCACCUUAGAAUUUUAAUGCUUAGCUUAAAUAAUUAUAUUUAUCAUAAUUAAUUAUAAUGUGUUAGAAUUUUUUGUUUUUGCACAAAAAAAAAUAUUUUGGGUUGAAGUCAGGUUUUUUAUGUUAUUGCUCCAUAAAUCU